CUGGCGGCGGCCGUGGUGGAGCCCAUCGCGUCGUACUCGCUGGCGGCGGAAGGGGUGUUCAUGCUGUACGACGCGGACAGCGGAGACCUGCGGUCGCUGUCCGGGCAGGGCGGCGCGCCGGCAGCGGCGACCGCUGAGUUCUACCGGUCGCGGGGGCACGAGCGGAUCCCGACGGGCCCGGGGAUGGAUGCGCCGCUGUCGUUCACCCAACCGGGAAUCGUGGACGCGUUCAUCAACAUGUUGGAACGGUACGGCACGAUGACGCUGGCGGAAGUGAUCGCGCCGGCGAUCAGCUACGCCGAGGACGGGAUACCGCACUACGAGUACAUGCUGGAGCGGUUGAAGUCCCAGAGCGGGCAGGAACAGUUCGACAACUUCCCGCCGGGAGGUUGGGAGGUCUUUUACGACGACCGGGGGGUGCCGGCUCCGGGGACCAUGAUGCGGCAGCCGGGGCUGGCCAACACGCUGAAGUCAAUGCGGGACGCGUCGCUGGCGACGUCGGGGUCCAGAGAGGAGAGCCUGCAGGCGGGCAGGAACGCAUUCUACGAGGGGCCCAUCGCGGAGCUGAUCGUCGAGGAGACACGGAAGGUGGGCGGGAUCCUGUCGAUGGAGGACCUGGCGGGAUACCGGUCGCAGUUCGGGGAGCCGGGGCCGAUGCUGAUGCAGGCGCUGAACAUCCUGGAGAACUUCGACCUCAAGGCGAUGGGGCACAACAGCCCGGCCUACAUACACACGGUGGCGGAGGCGCUGAAACUCUGCUUUGGCGACCGGGAGGCGUUCUACGGGGAUCCGGAUUUCGCGACGGUGCCGAUCGACGGGCUGCUGUCCAAGGAGUACGCCGCCAUCCGGGCGGAGGAGAUCGAUCCCGAAGGCGCGUAUCCGGAGCAGCGACCGGCGGGCGAUCCGUGGCGGUUCUCCAAGAAGACGGGGCGCACCGCCGCGCAAGUCAUGGCCCAAGCCCUUGGCCCCGACACGUCGGCGGACGACGGGACCACGCACGUUUCGGUGCUGGACCGGCACGGCAACCUGGUGUGCGGCACCAUCAGCGGCGGGUCGUUCUCCAAGUCGGUCUUCUUCCCCGAGCUGGGCGCCUGCCUGAGCACGCGCAUCGAGAUGUUCAACUGCGAGCCGGGUCACCCGAACGUGGUGGAGCCGGGCAAGCGGCCGCGGACGACGCUGGUGAACUACAUCGUCGCCAGGGACGGGAAGCCCGCCAUGACCUUCGGGUGCCCAGGCGGCGACAACCAAGUGCAGGGCAACCUGCAACUGAUUCUGAACUCGCUGGUGUUCGGGAUGGAUCCGCAACAGGCGGUGGAAGCGCCACGGUUCGCCACGUCCAGCAACGUGAACUCCUUCUACCCGCACGUGUACUACCCGGGGCAGUUGGACCUGGAAGAGGGGUUCGCCGAUUCGACCGUGGGCGCGCUGAAGGCGUUGGGCCACAAGAUUUACCGCACAGCCAACUGCGGGCUGGGCGCGACAGUGUCGGUGCGGGACCCAGAGACGGGUUCGAUGAGCACGGGAGCGGACCCGCGGCGGGCGUGCUACGCGCUGGCGCUGUGA